AUGGACGAGGCCCGGCUGGUCGACAGUCUGCGCCAAAAGCUCGACGAGCUCGAGCGCGAGGUCGAGGCCUGUCGCCGCCACCUGCUGGCCGAGUUCCACCACCACUGCCGCCUUUUGCUCCGCGACGUCACCCCCGACGCCGCCUCCGACGUCAAGCGAGUCCUGGCCGCCUCCUUUGCCAACUAUCCCGCCCUCCGCCCCGAGCUUGACGCUGACUCACCGAGUCUUGGUCCUCCUCCUCCUCCACCUCCUCCACCACCUCUUCCUCCCCCCCCUCCUGCGCCGUCGCCGCCGCCGCCGCCGCCGCCCGCUCUCCCCACCACCCCGGCCGCUGCAUUCCAGCCUGCCGUCUCCGGAAGACCCCAGCGAGCGCGCCAAAGGGACCUCGAGCUCCGCGGUCUCUUUACCCCGUCCUAUCUGCCCCUGCUCGACGACUCGCCCGUCCUAGGCCUUGCCCGCACCGUGCCAGAUCCCCCUCUGCCCCCCGAGGGAGGCACUGGUCACGCCGGCAUGGACCAGACGAGCCGCCACGCCGCCUCGCAGCACCGCCUGCUGCCCCCCGUCCAGCCCUUGUCCGUCCCUGACCUCCCCGCCGACACCGCCCGCUCCACCGACGACACCAGGUCCUCCGUCUCCUCCGACAAGAGCGACUCCAAGCCCCCGAGGAGCGCCCUGCGACGCUCCUCCAGCAUGUCCAAGGCGCCCCAGAGCCCCAGACGCGUCCGCUUUGAGUUCAUGGGUGCGGAGGUCCUGCCCACCACCUCGCCCCAGCCCUCCGAGUUUCUGCGUCGCCGUCCCUCCUCCCCCGGCCCAGACGGCGACGACCCCGGCGCCUUCGCCUCCAACCUCGGCGCCGACACUGCUGACGAUGACCGCGUGCCCCCUCGCAAGGUCUCCUCCUCGGAUGCCCUGAGAGCCCUCUCCCGAACGCCCCGUGAGGAGGGCGUCGCCUGGACAGUGGUCAACGCAGACGUCGACCAAGUUCCGCCCGAUCAGCACGAUGCAUUGGCUGCCACGCCGCCGACGGCCGCCCCGACGUCGCCCAAGACGACGCAUGGUUCGAUACCCACCAAGACAUUCUCACCCAAACUAAGUAGCGGCGACACGCCGACCAAAGACGGAGACGACGACGACGACGACGACGAUAACUCCUCCGAUGACGGAUUUCUAGCAAUUGCCAAGGCGAGAUCGUCCAGCCAGAAGCCAUUGCAGGCUACGGCUCCUGCCCCCAAGGCACCAAUCAACCCUGCACAUGACGGCGCAACAACGUCAGCGAGCCCAACGAAUCGGCAGUCGCCUCGCCCCAGUGCAGAUCAAGACGAGCACGGUCGGACAAUUACCGACGAGGAUACAGAAGUGGACGACGACGACGACGUGUUUCAUUUCGAGACGGGAGGGCGAAAUGACGACGGCGACGACGAACCGAAUGCACUGGAGACGCAGACACCGGAACAGCAAAUGAGCGCAUAUGCAACGUCCCCAGCCGUUCCCAUUCGGCAGUCGUGGGGCUCGCGGCCUUCGACGACCUCGGGAGGCAAGUUUCGGCCAGGGUCUCUCGGCUCGUACAAGGGACAGCCGCUGAUGAUGCCCAUCGUGCGCGACCCGGAACUCCUCGCUCAGGCCGGCUCGGUGGGAUUGUCGGACUUGCGCGUGGACGGCAUCGACGACCAAACCGCCAUGGAGGAGGGCUCGCCGCCUCGGUUUCCCAGCACGCCAUUCAGCUUCAAGGAGAGGUUCAUUAUGGAGGAAAUGAUGGAACGGGCCAAGUCAAACAAGGACGAGAGUGGAGGGUAA